GCCUUGCCAGAAUCCUCGAAAGUUCGAUUGCUAUUAAGUAAGUUGGGUAGUGAGGAGUAUGCCCGUAUCGAAAGGAAAAUGCUGCCAACUAAGCUUAGUGAAAUGAAAUUUUGGGACUUAGUUAGUGAAUUGAAAAAAGAGUUUGGGGACCCUAAAUCUCAGUUAGUUAAGAGAUAUGAGGCAUUAAAUCUGAAAUGCCAGGGUCUUGAAGAUGUGAUUGAGUUUGGCAGUAGGGUUAAUGCCCAAUGUGAAAAGGCGCAGAUGGCAUUGAGUAUUGAGGAAAUUAAAAUCCUGAUAUAUAUUUCAGGUUUGCCUAGUGAAGAACAAUCAUUGCGUCAAUUGGCCAUGCGCUUUGUCGAAACCAAAAAGAAGCAAGCAGUGCCAGUGAUUCUCAAGGACGUCAUCGAAGAGUGUCGAUUGUAUUUGGCCAACAAAGCGGAGGCCGUAAUGAUUGCUGUAAAACCCACAGUGGUUAAAGAACAUGCUGUAAAAGUAAAUUGGGUGAAAGCUGAAAACGAACAGCCACCUAAAGAAGUGAAAGAGAAAGAAGAAAAGUGGAAAACAGAACGACAGUGGUUGCCUAAACAAGUGCAGUGCGAGUUCUGUGGAAAGAAAGGACAUGUCAAACAAGAUUGUUGGCAUUACAAAAGUAAGUCCCUAUUGUGGAGUUGGAGAAAUUUGUGA